AACUCAGUGCAGCCGCGGCGAGCAGCUGACGCGGGUAAACCUGCGGUUAAUACGUGCACUGGCGGGACAAGUGGCGGACGCCGCGCAGCCGAUGAACGGAUAAAACGCUAUGACAUUCGUCCACGCUACACUCCAAACAUAUUUUUGUCAUUUUUCAUUAUUCUAUCGACUUACUUUCUCUCAGCCAAACAUGUGAAGCUCAUCGAUCAAUAAAACAACCACUUCAUGCGAAAGCCAAUAAUAAGAAGAAAUGAUUUACUUCAUGCUGUGACAAUAACUUGAGGAAUCGAGGGGUACAAAGUGAUUCGCGAUACCGGGAGACCGUGAGAGAAAAUCUCUAGAGACUUGACCGUUUUCCUUGACCUCGUGGUCCGAUACGCGCCGAGUAUCAUCGCCGAGUGCGUGCCUCGUUACGGUGACCAGAACUCCGGAUAUGUAAUAUACGUGAAUAAUAUACCGAAGACGCAGCAGGUGUGCCAUCGUUCUUUAUAUCAAAUCGAAUAAAACUCAUUGGGAAAUUGAAUGAAUACGCUUAUCGUUGCGCGGUUCAAGUGACCAAUCUCUAAUAUUACGAGUGACGACCGUUUUCCCAACGGAGCAAUAUUGUCUUUGGGAUAGAAACGCAACUUAUUAUUCUGAGACGAUAAAUAUCGCUAUUUGUCCAGACGAGUAAACAUUAUUUUUUUAAAAAACUUCGUAUUAAACGCACCGCCAUCACGACUUUUUAUUUCUCCCAUUACCUGCUAGAAUUUAAUCGUCUUUUAUAUUCUCAUCUCUCGAUUUUAGUAUCAGUAUUGUGUGCGAAACGAGUUUUCGAUCUAAAAUCAGAGACGGUUGGUGGAUAAAUUCGCGACGUCGAGUGUUAUCGAAAGUGUUUUCAUGCACAACAAUUCUCGGUGCAUCGUCGUUUUGCCUCUUUUACGUGGUCUCGUCGAUCAGGGGCAGUAACCGUUUAUUCCUCCGCAGACGUUAUUGCUUCGAUUUGUGAGACUUUAAUACGCAACUGAUUCAAUAAAUGUUAUAAUAUUUAUAUAAAUAAUAUAUAUCUACGAUAUCAAAUUGCCGUGUGGUUGUUUGUGCAUUUGUGUCUGUGCAUUUUAAUCGUUGUGUCUCCUAUUUAUUCAAUAAUCGUACGAGCAUAAAUACAACCCUGCACACGUCCCGUAAUGCUUCGUGUGUACAAACACGAAGUUAAGCACGCAAGGUAAUUGAAACGACAUACGAAAUACGAGGAUAAGAAAACGGCUGCAGUUUACGAAGAAGACGCAAACGAUUAUACUAUUAUAAUCUUCAUUGGAGAUCAAUCAUCGUGCAGUCAUCACGAGAGUGACGAGAAGCCUCGUUGAUCAACGAGACGACCACGAGAACUAUGAAGACCAGGUCGGUGCCCUCGAGGCUAUCGGCACUCACCCUCGUUUUCGUCAUAAUCGUCAGCGAUCCGCGAAGAUGCAGUGCCGUUUCCGAGAGUAUUAUUGGGAGUCGUGAGACCUGUGAUAUCGAGGGAGAAGACUUCACCGUCGACAAAAUACCUGAUACGAGGUGUUUUACCUGCAUCUGCAAGAAUGGUUUCGUGGAGUGUCGAAAACAGCAGUGCCCCAGUAUCGAGGGAUGUUAUACUUUAAUGGAACCACGGAAGGACGAAUGUUGUCGUCGAUGCAAAGGCUGCGUAAGAAAUGGUGUUCAUCACGAGUCCGACACCGAGUGGACAGAGCCAAACGAACCCUGCAAAAUUCUCACGUGUAAGGCCGGUGUGAUAACCGAGUCAAAACUUCGAUGUUACACGCCCUGCGCUAAUCCAAUUCCAGCGCCACCAGGACAGUGUUGUCCAAUAUGUGCCGGAUGCUACGUUAAUGGACAGAAAGUCACUGCCGAAAGAACUGUGACGACGACCGAAGAUCCUUGUGUCACGUGUCGAUGCAACAUGGGAAGACUGACUUGUGCGAAAAAAGCAUGCCCGGUUCUUCACUGUCCGGCUUCCAGUCUCGUUCAUGAACCUGGCGAAUGUUGCCCCAUUUGUAAAGGUAGCAGAAGAUUUCUGUCACCGCCAAGGGGCGCCUGCAUGCUGGGUUCAUUCGUUUACGAUUCGGGAAAACAAUUCUACGAAGACGAAUGUACACGGUGUACCUGCCUUAAUUCAGUCGUCUCGUGUGCAAGAGAAACUUGUCCGGUUUUGGAAUGCACCAGUGAACAUCAAACGACGCCUCCGGGACGCUGUUGUCCGCAGUGUCCUCUUGUCGAGGAAAGCAGAGCUUCUUGCACCUACGGAGGACGAACUUACGGGAAUGGCGAAACUUGGAAGCUUGAUCCUUGCAAAGCAUGCGCUUGCAUGCAGGGCACGGUGCGUUGCGCCAUGUCCUUGUGUCCGCCUCUGAAUACACCAUGUCCACCCAACACCCGAUUCGAACACCCUGAGGGUCAGUGUUGUCCUCGCUGCGUCGAGAGCGAUGGAGUUUGUACCGUUUUUGGCGAUCCCCAUUAUCGAACCUUCGAUGGAAAAUUCUACAGUUUCAACGGAGCGUGUAAAUAUCAACUCGUAGCUGAUUGCAUUGGUCACACAUUCGGUAUUCGCGUAACCAACGAUGCGAGGUCGACAAAAUCAUCGGCAUGGACCAAAACCAUCACUCUCAAGAUCGGUGAUAUGAGGAUCAAUCUCGGUCAAAAAAUGAGGGUCAAAGUGAACGGUAUGAAGAUUGACGUGCCAUACAGAGAGCCAAACAGAAUCGACAUCAAUCGAACGAUGGACAGCAUACUUGUGAGCACUCAUAUCGGGGUUAAAGUGCUAUGGGACGGCAUAAGUUUCAUCGAGGUCUCCGUUCCAACGACUUACCGAGGGAAGCUUUGUGGCCUGUGUGGCAAUUUUAAUCUGUUACCGAAGGAUGAUUUUACAACGCGACGUGGACGCGUACUUCAAGAUUCACACGCCUUUGGACAGUCUUGGGCAGUGGGUUCGAAAAAAUCGUGCACCCGUGCUCGUCCGGGUACAAACGUUGAUCGCGAACGAAGAUGUCGGGGUCGAAAGGAUCACAAACUGUGCAAUCGUCUUAGAUCGCAAAUAUUUGACGCCUGCCACAAAAAGGUGAAUCCCACGAUGUAUUACAAAUCGUGCCUUCAAGACAUGUGCGAAUGUCCCACGGAAAACUGUUACUGCGAAUCGUUCGUCGCGUACGUUCACGAGUGUCAGAGGCUCGGAAUUCAAUUACCACAUUGGCGAAAAUCGACGCGAUGCCGUAGCGUGUGGGACACGAUGACAGGACCGACUAAUAUCCGGCGACGUCUCCGUUAAAUUCGCGCUUGAGACUAUGAAAACGAUAUUUUUUUAUAUUUUCUCCUUUACUCCGCAUUCGGCAUCGUUCGAAUCAUGAUUUUCUUUUCUUUAUUUGUCACAUUGAGGGACAAGCAAUCUCACAGAUGUAAAAUUGUAGAAUCUCUUUUUUUUAGUAUAAUUUUUUUUGUCGUUCACGUUCAACCGGAAACACUGCCGAACACGACGGAGUGUGUUGUCCCAAGAAUUUACUAGUCAUCGUUUCGUGUCUAUAUGCAUUAACGAGCACCGUGCAGUAUUUCGGCCGAUGAGCAGGCUCGCGGCAUAGAAUCUACAUCCCAGUGUAAAAAAGUUAACGAUCGUUUGUCAGGUGUUGAUAACAAAGGAUCUCUUCGCUUAGGCUGAAGAAAAUUCCAUCUCGGUUCCACCUUUCUUAAUCCUCGCACCAACGAAUGCUGAAUGUACUUUAAAGAAUAAUUGUAUUUAACGAAAAAUCGCGACAACACCUAAAAAAUAACAAAAACAAAACUUAAUUCGUAAAACAAAAGAAAGUUGAUACUUUUAUGAAUAAUUUUAGGAUUUUAGGACCACACAAAUGUAUAUAUAAACAUACAAAUUUGUGCGAGACUUUAUUGAAUUCACACCUAUGAUGUCUCUUUGAUUUUUAUCAUAUUCCAUUUCUCUACUUAUUAUUACUAUAAGAAUUAUUAUUAAUAAUAUUAUUUUCUAUCAUUUUCUUAAUACUGCGUUGAUAUCUCGUUUUAAAUACAUGAAGCUACAAAGUUAUAUCUCAUCUGAAACUGAGGAUUGUUCUAAAAUGCAUUAACCUUGUCCCCCAGCAUGAAAAUUUUUUAGCAGAGCAGCGAAUAAUUGAGAUAUCAGUUCAAAAGCUGAAAUUACCAUAGACUCUCAAGUGUUUCUUUCUUUUUAUUUGAUUUUUUUAUUAUUUUUUCCUAUUUCGAAAACUUUAACAAUGUAUACAAUAGGGGAGACCGAGGCAAAACGGACUACCUAAGGAAAUAUCGUAAUUUUCACAAAUUUAAGAGUCAUCGAGCUCACGUGACCAACUCAAAAUCGAUGGUGGGACCUGCUCCCAUAGUAAAGUAUAACUAUUAUAUACUAAAUACGAUCGCUGUCACGUGUCAUACUCCUCCCGUGUGUUCUACCGGAUUUCUCCGUGAAUUUUUGUUGAAAUUACGACAAAUAAAUUUCGCAAUGAGUAUGAGUAGAGAAGUUUAGUGAAUCCGGAUCUGGUCUCUUGGGUUGUGACGAAUGUGUGUACAAUUUGUGAUAAAAUCAUCUUUGUAACCGGCAUAAAUGGUGUCAUGGCGUACGCAAA